UCUUAACUAGGUUCGCUAUCAAUCUGGAGCUAUUUGUAGACCACUUUCUGUGUCAGUAAUGUUGACACCAGAGGCUCGGUUUGGAAUAGAACGCACAACAUUUCUGAGAAGGACCCAGGGCAAGAAUUCAUUUGUUCAAGAUGUACUUCGAGAGUUCCAGACAAGUGCUGCAAGACAGGAUAUUGAUACUGCUGCAAAGUUCAUUGGUGCUGGAGCUGCCACUGUUGGAGUGGCUGGUUCUGGGGCUGGAAUUGGAACAGUUUUUGGUAGCCUUAUUAUUGGUUAUGCCAGAAAUCCUUCUUUGAAGCAGCAGUUAUUCUCGUAUGCCAUUCUUGGAUUUGCCCUGUCUGAAGCUAUGGGACUUUUCUGUUUAAUGGUUGCUUUCCUCAUUUUGUUUGCUAUGUAAAAUUUGCUGAUGAAUAGCCGAAUCAAGUAAAAUGUAAUUAAUACUUCACUGUGGCUCCCACAAGUAUUUACGUUGGUGUCAUGGAAAUGUACAUUUCCUAAGUCAGUUCUCAAAUGUUCCAAUAAAUCCUUAUACAAGUA